UUUUUUUAUUAUUUCACCAUUGACAUUACCUCUCCUUUUCUUUGGUUAAUAUUCAUUUCCGAUGGCGAUGAAGUUGUUGGCGUUGGGUUGCAUAAAUCGGAACGGCAGUAGCCGGUCGACUGGCCUUUCGCCGACCCCUCAUUAUCCGUCGAUGCCAAAAUACCCUAAGGGAGCCGCCGUGGACGAUACCACGGUGUCCAGGGCCGAGGCAAAGGCACUGUUCAGUGUCAUCGGUAUGACUUGUGCCGCCUGCGCCGGUUCAGUUGAGAAGGCCAUCAAGCGCCUUCCGGGGAUUCGUGAGGCCGCCGUAGAUGUCCUUAAUGGUCGCGCCCAAGUUAUCUUCUUCCCUGUUUUCGUUAACGAGGAGACCAUUCGUGAAACGAUCGAUGAUGUUGGAUUUGAAGCUACGCUCAUUCCAGAGUACGACACUAAUGACAGAUCCACACAAGUAUGCCGAAUACGUAUAAAAGGGAUGACAUGCACUUCUUGUUCCUCCACCAUUGAAAGAGCUUUGCAAGUAAUUCAAGGUGUCCAAGAGGCCCAAGUCGCCUUAGCUACGGAGGAAGCAAAUGUUCAGUACGAUCCUAAAGUUGUAAGCUACAUUCAGCUUUUGCAAACCAUAGAAGACACCGGAUUCGAAGCUAUUCUUCUUAGUUCUGGGGAAGACAUGAGCAAGAUAGACCUGCAAAUCAAUGGAGUACAAACUGGAGAUUACAUGAGGAUUAUUGAGCAGUCUCUUGAAGCCCUUCCAGGGGUUCUCGCUCUUGAAUCUUCUCUUGAAGGGAAAAAAAUCUCCAUUUCUUACAAACCUGAUAUGACAGGGCCUAGAACUUUCAUUAAUGUGAUUGAGACAACUGGGUCUAAGCGUUACAAGGCAAAUAUAUUUCCUGAAGGAGGUGGAGGGAGAGAAACUCAUAGAAAUGAAGAGAUCAAGAAAUAUUACAGGUCGUUCAUGUGGAGUUUGGUCUUUACAAUUCCAGUGUUUCUGACCUCCAUGGUUUUUAUGUACAUUCCUGGAAUUAAGAGUGGCUUGGAUACUAAAGUUGUGAACAUGUUAAGUAUUGGAGAGAUUUUGAGAUGGGUUUUGUCUACUCCAGUUCAGUUCAUCAUUGGUUGGCGGUUCUAUGCUGGUUCCUACAAAGCCCUGCGCCGUGGUUCUGCUAAUAUGGAUGUCUUGAUUGCCUUGGGAACAAAUGCAGCCUAUUUCUACUCAGUCUACUCGGUUUUGAGAGCUGCUACUUCAUCCCAUUUUAAAGGCACAGAUUUCUUUGAGACUAGCUCAAUGCUUAUCUCGUUUAUCCUGCUAGGGAAAUACUUAGAGGUGUUGGCCAAGGGAAAGACAUCUGAUGCCAUUGCUAAGCUCAUGGACUUGGCACCUGAGACAGCAACUUUAUUGUCUCUAGACGAAAAGGGAAAUGUGAUAAACGAAGAAGAAAUCGACAGCAGGUUAAUUCAAAAGAAUGAUGUUAUUAAAAUUAUCCCAGGUGCAAAAGUUGCUUCAGAUGGUUAUGUGAUAUGGGGGCAAAGCCAUGUCAACGAGAGCAUGAUAACGGGAGAAUCUCGGCCAGUGUCAAAAAGGAAAGGUGAUUCAGUCAUUGGAGGAACUUUGAAUGAGAAUGGUGUGCUGCACAUCAGAGCAACAAGGAUUGGAUCAGAAAGUGCACUGUCACAGAUUGUAAAACUUGUCGAGUCAGCUCAAAUGGCUAAAGCUCCUGUACAGAAGUUUGCUGAUCGCAUUUCAAAAUAUUUUGUGCCACUGGUGAUCAUGCUUUCUUUCUUAACAUGGUUUGCCUGGUUUUUGGCUGGAAAAUACCAUGGCUACCCAGAGUCUUGGAUACCAUCUUCCAUGGACAGCUUUGAGCUUGCGCUCCAGUUUGGAAUAUCAGUCAUGGUCAUAGCCUGCCCUUGUGCUCUCGGUCUAGCAACUCCCACUGCAGUCAUGGUUGGCACUGGAGUAGGUGCUUCUCAAGGUGUGCUGAUCAAAGGGGGUCAAGCAUUAGAAAGUGCUCAUAAGGUUAAUUGCAUUGUAUUUGAUAAAACGGGGACUCUCACAGUUGGGAAGCCUGUGGUUGUUAAAACAAAACUCCUGAAGAAUAUGUUACUUCGCGAAUUUUAUGAGCUUGUUGCUGCUACUGAGGUGAACAGUGAGCAUCCCUUGGCCAAGGCUGUUGUGGAGCAUGCGAAAAAGUUCAGGGAAGAUGAAGAGAAUCAUGUCUGGCCAGAAGCACGAGACUUUGUCUCCAUUACUGGCCAUGGAGUGAAAGCCACUGUCCGAAACAAAGAAAUAAUAGUUGGGAACAAGAUGUUGAUGUUGAACCACAACAUUGCCAUUCCAGUAGAUGCUGAAGAUGCACUUGCAGAAGCUGAAGGAUCAGCUCAAACAGGGAUUCUUGUAUCAAUAGAUGGGGAAGUAGCUGGAAUUCUAGCCAUAUCUGAUCCCCUCAAACCAGGUGCUAGGGAAGUUAUCUCAAUUCUUAAGUCUAUGAAAGUUACGAGCAUCAUGGUGACAGGUGAUAACUGGGGCACUGCCAAUUCUAUUGCUAAUGAAGUUGGUAUUGAGGCUGAUUUAGUUAUGGCAGAAGCAAAGCCUGAGCAGAAGGCUGAGAGAGUGAAGGAUUUACAGGCUUCAGGCCACAUAGUUGCCAUGGUAGGAGAUGGGAUCAAUGACUCACCAGCCUUGGUGGCAGCUGAUGUUGGAAUGGCCAUUGGUGCAGGCACAGACAUAGCUAUUGAGGCAGCUGACAUUGUGCUGAUGAAGAGCAACUUAGAGGAUGUGAUAACUGCCAUUGAUCUCUCUAGAACAACAUUUUCUAGAAUUCGACUAAACUACAUCUGGGCAUUGGGUUAUAAUGUGCUUGGCAUUCCAAUAGCUGCAGGAGCACUCUUCCCAUCAACCGGAUUCAGAUUACCGCCCUGGAUUGCUGGAGCUGCUAUGGCAGCCUCCUCUGUCAGUGUUGUUUGCUGCUCCUUGCUCCUGAAGUACUAUAAGCGGCCUAAGAAGCUGGACAACCUUGACAUUGGUGGAAUAAAGAUAGAGUAGGUAUUUUGGAAAAAUAGAUUCAAUUAGGACAGCUUUAAUAAAAUUGUAUUUUGGUGUGACGAAAAUGUGUACACAUAAUGCUUGCUCACUUUGUAAAUUUCCUUGUAUAUAAGUGAAUGCAUUGAAAUUUCAGGAUUGAAUUGACACAUAUAAAUAAUAAAUACUGCCAUGAUAUUGUGUCAAAA